AUGGCAGUGCGCAAACGAGCCCCGCAGACGGUAGCGCAGAAGGUUAGGAGCGCGGAGAAGAAGGCUGAGCGCGCAUUCACGGUGAUGUGGGAUGAGCUGCCGUUGUGGCAGCAGGAUAACCAUUAUAUCCUCUCUGGGUAUAGACCCGAGUUUCUAUCGUUCAAGAAAUGCUUCAUCUCACUCGGCUACCUUCACAAUGAGACCGGUACCUCCCUCACCCUCCCUCACCCCCCCCCAAACUCCUCCUCCUCCUCCUCCUCCCCUCUCCUCCUCCUCCUCCCCUCUCCUCCUCGCACCCAGCUAACCUCCCCAGUAAACAUCUACUCGCACCUCCUCCCCGCGCUCUCAAUUCCCUACGUCGCGCUCCUCUUCUACACCCUCUACAACCCGCCCUCCACCGCGAACCUCCUCGCCUUCAGCACCUUCCUCCUCUCCGCCGCAGCAUGCCUCGGCAUGUCCGCCACCUACCACACCAUCUCCUGCCACUCCCACGCCAUCGCAAAGCUCGGCAACAAGCUCGACUACCUCGGUAUCGUCAUCCUCAUCAUGGGUAGCUUUAUCCCGAGUGUGUAUUACGGCUUCUAUUGUGAUCCGACGCUCAUGCGGGUGUAUUGGUCCAUGAUUACCCUCCUCGGCCUCGGCUGCGCAACAGUGUCCACAGUCCCCUCCUUCCGCACCUCCGCCUGGCGGCCCUUCCGCGCAGCCAUGUUCGUGGCCAUGGGCGGCUCGAGUGUGGUCCCCGUUCUGCACGGCCUGCGCCUGUACGGGUGGGCGGACCUGGAGGUGCGCAUGGGGCUGAGCUGGAUGCUGGCUGAGGGCGCGCUGUAUGUCACCGGCGCGGGCCUAUACGCGGCGAGGGUGCCGGAGAAGUGGGCGCCGGGGCGGUUCGACAUAUGGGGGAGCAGUCACCAGAUUUUCCAUUUCUUGGUGGUGGCGGCGGCAGCGUGUCAUCUUGUGGGGUUGGUGAAGAGUGCGAAUUAUUUGGAGGGGAAGAUGGUGGAGGGGCUUUGUGUGGGGAUGUAG